AACGUAGUUGCUGCGACUUCGUAGCGGCUUUCGUGCAUCGCAGGCUUCCCCCCCCCUCCCCAAUGUCAGGCGGGGGUGGCCUUCCUCCACCUCCACCUCCACCUCCACCUCCUCCUUCCUCCUCUUCUUGUUGUUCUCUCGCUCGCUCUCUCCCUGCCUCGGCCGCACAGCAGCAGCAGCAGCAGCAGCAGCAGCAGCCCCGCCUCGCCGAGCAAGCGGGCAGCAGCAGGGAGAGCAGAGCAGAGCAGAGCAAUGCAAAGGGACGUAAGAUGGCAGAGCUGCAAAUGUUGUUAGAGGAGGAAAUCCCCGCCGGCAAACGAGCUCUCGUGGAGAGCUACCAGAACCUUUCUCGGGUGGCGGAAUACUGCGAGAACAACUACGUUCAGGCUCAAGACAAGAGGAAGGCCCUGGAGGAGACCAAGUCCUACACCACCCAGUCUCUGGCCAGCGUGGCUUACCAAAUCAAUGCCUUAGCCAACAAUGUGCUCCAGCUACUGGACAUUCAGACCUCGCAACUGCGACGCAUGGAGUCCUCCAUCAACCACAUCUCCCAGACGGUGGAUAUUCACAAGGAGAAGGUGGCCCGUCGUGAGAUUGGCAUCCUGACCACCAAUAAAAACACCUCUCGCACCCAUAAGAUCAUCGCCCCGGGCAACAUGGAGCGGCCUGUGCGCUACAUUCGAAAACCAAUUGAUUACACACUGCUGGAUGAUGUGGGCCAUGGAGUAAAAUGGCUUAAAGCCAAGCAAAACGGGAACAAUGCCGCAGGGCGAGGAGGAGGGACGCUGUCGAGGACCACUCCGCCAACCCAGAAACCCCCGAGCCCCCCGAUGGCUGGCCGCGGUACCUUGGGGCGGAACACGCCCUACAAGACACUGGAGCCGGUCAAGCCUCCAGUGGUGCCCAACGACUACAUGACCAGCCCGGCCCGGCUGGGCGGCCAGCAGAGCCCCGCGCGUACGGCCUCGCUCAAUCAGAGGCCCCGGACGCACAGUGGCAGCAGCGGCGGUAGCGGUGGCAGGGAGAACGGCGGAAGCGGCGGAGUGGGUGUCCCCUUGGCGGUCCCGACACCUUCUCCUCCCAGUAUGGGCCAAGCUGCCAUUCGUGCUCCCGCAGUGGCGACGUCUUGCGCCUCCGUGCCGCAAGGCCCCGGGCUGGGGCCCAUCCCCAUGUCCCAGUUUGGCACCAUCUCCCGGCAGAUCUCCCGUCACACCUCCUCCACCACCUCCUCGGCCUCCAUGGUGUCGGCCACGGGGACGUAUCGCCGCGCUCCCUCCGCAUCCUCUCAGCAGCCCCACGUUAACGGGGGUCCGACUUUCCUGCAAAACUCCGUGUCGGCCGCGCCUCCGCCUCCUCCGAUGGUCCAGCUGACACCGCAGAUCCCUCUGACCGGCUUUGUGGCCAGAAUGCAGGAGAGCAUAACAGACAGCCCAGCUCCACCGCCUCCGCCUCCGCCCGAGGACUUGGGCGUCUUUGAGGAGCCCUCGCCCCCGCCUCCUCCUCCGCCUGUCGACUAUGAAGAAGAGGAGGCCGCCGUUGUCCAUUACAGUGACCCCUACGCUGAUGGAGAUCCCCACUGGGCCCCUAAAGUCUAUUUAGAGAAAGUCGUGGCCAUCUACGACUACAGCAAGGACAAGGAGGACGAGCUCUCCUUCAUGGAAGGAGCCAUCAUUUAUAUUAUCAAGAAGAACGACGACGGCUGGUUCGAAGGCGUCUGCAACGGCGUCACCGGACUCUUCCCGGGAAACUACGUCGAGUCCAUCAUGCACUACGCAGAUUAGUGGGUGGGGGGGCGGGAACCCCCAAAACAGGCUCUGAGGUAAAACAGUGAAGAUGUACAGAUGGAGGAGGUUUUACAGCUCUCAUCUCUCCGUUUCGAUGAAGUGUCUUUGGAAGAUAUCAUUUCUGCUUGAUAGAAGCACAACGGCUGCUGAAGUUUUGUUAGUUUCCACCGUUGACAUGAAGGGAGGAGAUGAAAGCAUCGCAUAGGGCCGUCACGCGGUGGCGGUCGGCACCGCUUUUUAUUCCGAACUUCAGCUCUUCGCCGCACGACAAAUGAAUAUUUGAAAGUGUUUGUGUUAAUAUGUUAGUGCAGCACAGCCAGUAUCUUAUUUGCAGUGUUAAAACAAAGUUCUUCCCCAAGGUGCUGCAUCACCGAGAAAAACAAAAGAAAAUCUUAUCAAGGUGUUGCCGCGCCCCCUCGCGCUGACUGGCCAAAUCCUAAAGCUUUACCUUCUACUCCCAAAACAUCCAUUCUACCUUAUCAAAACUGGGAGGGGGCGAAGCAUCAAUAAAUGCAUUCACGCACGACUGAAUGGCAAAACUGUUUCGUCGGAAUCAAGAAAUGUUAGAGGAAAGAAAGAAAGAGAGCGAAAGAAAGCUCACCUUUCAGGGAUCAAUGGGAUAUUACCUACAACACGAAAAACGUUAUUAGGAGAAAAUCUGAAGUGGAAAAAAAAAAUCGUCCAUUUUCUCUGGGGAACUCUGACUUUGUCGUUGUUGACUUUUGGGAGAGAGGCGGGUUGCGCACAGGACUGAUUGCCAGCCAAUCACAGGGCACAGAUUGACAACCAUUUGCAUUUUACAAUUAACCUAGCACACGUUUUGCCAAAGGGAAGAAAUCUAACUUCCCGGAUAAAAACCCACCCAAGCACAGAAAUGUCCCAGCCCAGAUUCCAACCCAGAACUUUGCCAGGCAGAUGUGCCACUAAUUGGGGGGGGGGGGGAUGUUUCACCGGGCACCAAAUCGUUUCAAAAAGUAUUUUUGAAUGUUUUAGAGGAUAUUUUUCAGAUCCCUCAAAAAAAUGGUCAACUAGGUUUAUGUAGAAAUACAAAAAAACCACAACUCCUUAUUCUGCUCUCUAACUUGUACAUAAAGUGUAACGUGAGAAGCUAACAGUACAGUAAAGUGCAUUCGUCUGUGUUUUUUCCCCCCCUUGUGGUGCCAAGAGUAGAUGACCCGUUUUGUUGAUUUUGACUUGAAUGUGCAUUGAGUGCCGUCGAACGUCUACCGUGGAAAGCGUCCUUCAUAUUGCUUUAUCAUCGCCGCUGCGUAAUAUUACUAACGUGCUGUCCAGCCACUGUAGCGAAGUCGGGUCUCGUCUUGAAGUACGUGAAGGAGUCGUGUGUGUGAGUGUGUGCGUGCGUGUGUGUGAGUGUGUGAGUGAGAUCACCACGUGUGUUGCAUCAAACUAGUCCUGAAUCUUCCACGAGCUACUUGUUGCCUGCUGGUUGAGUGUUUGCUGCUGUGGUGCUUUACAUCGGUGCUUAACAGUCAUCAUCAAGCCGAACGACCUCAAAAAUCUGAAGAGAAAUGGAACAAGUUCAACGAGCCUUGUCUUUUUUUUUUUUCUCCAGGGGGUGAACACUCAGCCAUUUUGAUUGUAAUCUUCUCUGCAUUGUCGUGAAUGACACAAACGACACGUUGUGUGGACAAAGGUUUUUGGCGCACCCUUUUCCAAACUAUUCCCACCCACUUGGAUGUGUCUUAAUUUCACAGCCCAAGGGACCGAUGGAGUUGAACUCCCAAGCGAUAAGUCAUUCACUGAGACGUUUGUCUUUGCAGUACUUUUUGCCGUGUCACGAGCUGCGCAAAAAAAAUCCCCAACGCAUCACAUAACGUAAGGUCUCUUUGCAUAGUUGCUGCGAUUAAAAACGAACAGAAAUGCCUGAGCUAACUUGCUUGCAGUGCUGAACAAUGAGGAACAGAGUUGCCUUUCACCAAUAUGAUUACCAAUAUGAUUACCUAUGACCUACUAUACUACAAAAUACUCCCACAAAUGGGGACCUUUGAUUUCAAAUAAGAUUUGCACAUCUGUGUGUAAAAUAAAAAAAAAGGAACACAGUGACCCUUUGCAAAGAUGGAUUAUGCUUUAAUAUAUAUAUAUAUAUAUGUGUGUGUAUGUAUAUAUAUAUAUAUAUAUAUAUAUAUAUAUAUAUAUAUAUAUAUAUAUAUAGUCACGGGGUUUCAACCUCCAGUGAGUCUAAUCAUCAUCAGAAUUCUGAAAAACAUUCUUGUGUUCACUGAAAAAUGGAUAAAAAUGUUACUUUUCAAGGGGGCGAGGGGCUUAAUUGUGACAUUUUUAUUCAUAACAUGAGCAAAAGUGCAACGCCUUUUGUUAGAAAUGCUGCCAAUUCAGUAUUCAUUCAUCCACAUGCAUGAAGGUUUCUAAACAUUGACACUGAUGCAUCCCAUUCAUGAUUGUAUUUUUCCAUCAUGCGGCGACUUGU